AUGCGCGAUUCGGUCUUGGAGCAGGUGCAGGCACAACUACCGCCGCACUUCCAGGAUGCACAGUUCUCUGUGGCAAACCACAGAAAAAAUUGUGUAUCUUUAUACCGCCUCCAUGCUCGGUGUACCCAGGUGACAGAGCAGACGGAACGCGGCACGCGGUUGGUCGGUGAAAAAGCGUUCAACGAGACCUUUUUUGGAUGCUUGCACCGCGUGCUGGGACUCAAGCGCGGAGUGAAAAAUGCUGAUCGCAUCUGCAAGUUUGCAGCAACGUAUGCUGCGUACAUUCUAGGGCAGUUUGCGGCUCAGGAUGAAGAUACCGAGACGCCGGCCAUGCGGUUCGUCACGAUUCUACUGAAGCAUCUCCUUAAGGGAUUUCGUGCAAAGAAUAAACAUGUCCGACUGAGGUGCUGCCAUUGUGUUUCUUUACUGAUCAAUGUGAUGGACUUUUUGGAUGACGAUCUCUUUGAGACACUCCUUACCAUGCUCAUGGAGCGACUGACAGACCGUGAGGCAGCCAUCCGCGUUCAGGCUGUCAUUGCUCUCGCGCGCUUACAAACAGACGAGGACGGCACGGAGGAUCACACUCUGCGUUUACUCCUGCAUAUUCUGCGCCAUGACUCGAGUGCGGAAGUACGUCGGGCUGCCCUCUUCAACAUCCCUCCCACACCGACCACAUUACCCUAUUUGUUAGAAAGAUUACAGGAUGUCGACGCAACGAAUCGGCGUUGUGUAUACCUCGGAUCUCUCAAAAUGCUUCUCGACACUCAGCCGCUGAUUGAACGUGAGGACGGAUUGACAGUGCGUGAAGCGCUGGGUUUGGGCGAAGUGUCUCUGUCAGAAGUGGUUCGGAUUGGUCUACACGAGCGUGAUCAGAGUGUGAGAAAAGCGGCACGAAAGCUUGUUUCCAUGUGGCUAGAGGCUACUGGAUUUGAUAUACUUACGCUUCUGAAUCUCUUACACGUAAGUCGGAGUGCGAACGGCGAGCCAGUGGUGCUUGCCUUACUGGAAGAUAUGCCUGCUUUGCGCUCGCAAGUUACAGAGAUGCUGUCUCAGCAGGAUGUAUUCUGGCAGGACAUGUCACCUGCGAAGGCGCUACUGGCUCGAUGCUUCGUGAUGUACUGCACGACCCAUGCUCUAGAGCGUGAGUUGGAUACGUGCAUCCCGGUCGUCACCGCACUUGUAUUCCGCAUACAAGCCGAAUAUGAUGCUUUGAACCAGGUUCUCGAGCAGCAAGCCGAAGAAGAAGCGCAAGACGAUGAUAUGCCGAUCCUCCAGGACAACCGAGCCAUGUCGCGUGUUUUCGUCGUGGGCGAGAUGCUGACGAUAGCUAUGUACUGCGAUUACGGUGACGAAAUGGGUCGCCAAAAAAUGUACAUGCUAGUGCGUGAGAUUCUCGGGAAUGCAUGGCUCCCUGCUGAGCUCGUCCCGCGGUGCCUUGAUGUGCUUCUUCGGCUUUCGAGUGGACACCGCGACUUUUUGCAAAUGGUUGUGGAGCUGGUGCAAUCCCUCGAUGAGGAUAUGGUAGACCCCGAUGCUUCUGUACGUCAAGCGCUCUCAUGGCGCCAGCGUGUGCAUGCCGACAACCCAGAGAUGACGCCCGAGCGAGCGGCAAAUAAGGCAGCCCUGGAGGCGCGUCGCUUGCUGAUUGUGCAGUCGAUGCUUGAGCGUAUUGCAUGCUCAUUGCAAGACGAUACAUCGCUCGAGGGACUCAUACAGGAGCUCAUUGUGCCAACCAUACAGAGCCGCGAUGUUGCUUUGCGUGAACAGGGGAUUGUGUGCUUGGGUCUUUGCUCAAUCCUUGACGGAAAAGCGGCACUUGUCACGUUUCCUCUGCUGCUAAGCCAGAUCCAACGAGCUCAAGGCUCAAUUCGUACGCGAUGCGUCGAGUGUCUUUUUGACUUGACUAUCGUACAUGGUAUUGACGCAUUAUGUUCUCAGAGUGCCGAAGUUGCUGCUGAGAAUGAAUUCGAUGGAGACAGGGAGCAAGGUUUGCAAUAUGCGCGACAGCAAAUGGUCAAUUUUCUUCUGAGUUUGCUGGAACAUGACGAUCCGAAUGUUCAGACGAUUGCCAGUGAGGGCAUGGCCAAACUGAUGCUUACAGGCACCUUAGUGGAAGACGACGUGCUCAAAAGUCUGAUCCUAACGUACAUGAGCCCUUAUACCGCUGAUCAUUCAGCAUUGCGGCAAUGUUUGAGCUACUUUCUUCCUUUGUUUUGCAGCUCACACGUUCGUCACCAGCACAUGGUCCAACGCGUAUUUUGCGACACCAUGGACGUGUUAGUGAGUGUGUACGAAGACGCAUCGGUUCGCAGCCAAAUGAUAACGCCGUCCCAGAUGGCGACUCAAUUCAUCGACUGGUGUCAUCCAUCGCGUCUGUUGUUGUCCGAACCAGAUGAAUGGAUCCACAUGGAUCUGGGUAUCAAAUUAUUGGAACAUGCAUUGACAUCCACCAGCAAAGAACUUCGUAAGGCCCUAGUGCACGUCCUUGGCAAGCUGGCAUGGCCAGCGAGGCCGCUGGACAGUGUGCGCGCCACCAAGCUUGAUACACUGGCCAAGGAACUCCGUGCUCGAGCAGAUGACGCAUCUAUGCGUCUCGCCCUGUCGCGCUUUGAAGCGGCGCUGGCGAAGCACACGGAAGGGCUACCCGACGCAGAAGCAUUAGCUUCACUUACGCCGUUACUCGCAUCUCUACCACCAGUCAAGUCUGCUCCAGCUUCACGGUCCGCACAGCGCCGCACCGCUCGCUCGCCUUCUACUCAAGCAGAGACGGAAGAUGAGGCCGAAGAGGAUAUCGAAGACGAGGAGGACGAGGAGGACGAUGAAGAUGAAUUAGCUCUGUAG